AUGAUAACAGUGUUAACAUAUAAAAAACUGUUGUUAAGCAUUUAUAUUUUAUUAUGCUUAAUAAUUAUUUGUAAAAUUUCUUCAGCUAACAAACUCAGAAAGCGUGAUCUUACAUCAUGUCUUGUUGAUGUACAAGGUAAAAAAGUAUAUCCAAAUGAUCCAGAAUAUAAUAGUGACUUAAUAGAUGAAAAUACUCGUGUAAUGUUCACCCCAUCCGUGAUAAUAUAUGCUAAUAUAGUAGCAGAUGUUCAAUUUUCCGUGUAUUGUGCAAGUACACUUAAUAUGAGUAUUUCGGUUAGAUCAGGAGGACAUUCUUAUGAAAAAUAUGGCACUAUAGGUGCAAUAGUCGUAGAUAUUACGAAUUUAAACCAAAUUACCAUAAAUUCAACGGCAAAGACUGCAGUUGUCGGUGCCGGGAGUAGAUUAGGCUCUAUUUUUUACGCUUUGAGCCAAGCUGGAUUUUUAGCUCCAUUCGGAACCUGCCCAAGCGUCGGGAUAGGUGGACAUGCAUUAGGUGGUGGAUAUGGAUUAUUUGGAAGAAAAUAUGGUCCCGCAUCAGAUAACAUCCUUUCCAUGGACCUUGUUGAUCCUACUGGACGUCUGAUCACUGUAACAGCCGAUAAGUAUACGGAUUUAUUUUUUGCUCUCCGUGGAGCUGGUGCUAAUAACUAUGGAAUAGUUACUUCGUUUACAUUUCAAAUUUAUCCUACUCCUCCUAAAGUCACAUCUAUCUCAUUAAAAUAUAAUCUCACUAAGAUUCAAACUCUUUUUGAUACAACUCAGCAACUUGGUCCUACACUGCCCGAUGAUGUAUCAUUCUCGAUAGUUAUAGAUAUUGGUUCUGUAGAAUUUCAAGGUGUUUAUCUAGGAUCACAAUCGAGUGCAACGCAAGUUAUGAGCCAAUUUGUUUCACUGUCACAGCCAACAUCAAAUCAAUUUACAGAAGAAAGUCUUUUUGAUAGUGUUGUAAGGUGGGGAUUUCAACAAUCAAAUGGUACAAUAUAUCCAUAUCACAGUCCUAGUAACUUUAAAGCGAAGUCUUUUUAUGUAAAACCUCCUGGACUUUCAGCACAGGGUGUUCAAUCACUUGUAACUUUUAUGACAGGUCUUCCCACCACAUGUCCAACAUAUGCAGUAUUUGAUUUAUAUGCCGGGGGUGCGGCAACUAGAAUUGCUGCAAAUGCUACUGCAUUUGUGCAUAGGGAUGUAUUUCAUUCAAUUGAAUUAUUUACAACUCUGACUGGUGAUAAUACAACGAACGCACAAUGUAUUACUCAGUUAAAUAGUUUCGGUGAAACUUUUCAGUCGAAUUAUACUGAUUAUAGUUGUUAUCAGAAUUAUAUUGAUCGUGAUUUAACAGAUUGGCAGAAUAGAUAUUACGGAAGUAAUUUACCUGCAUUAAUUGCUGCGAAAAAAAUUUAUGAUCCUAAUAAUGUAUUUGGUUACGUUCAAGGUAUUCCUUUGGCUUAG